UCGGGGGGAUCGGAAAAAAGGCCGUUUAUAGUCCUGGCAAAGAUGGGGAUGGAGAUCCGGAAAGGUGGUGGGUGAGAGGCUUGUGGGGCCGGAGUCCGUGGAAGCGCACGUGGGGGCGGCGGGGUCUGCGCGAGUUGCCCUGUAGGUUUAGGCGAUGCACGAGACCGAAGGUGUGGAAGAAUUGACUGGGAAAGGAUGGAGGGCUGCAGGGGACGCAGGGAUAGCGGAGAUGGAGGUUACUGGGAAUGCGGAUUACAUCCUGCAGAGGCCGUGGUGCUAGGAUGGAGGUGGAGGCUGCGGAAGGCCGGGGGUGGGGGCGAGGGCGUGCUGAGCGCUUCAACGAGGCUGAAUUAAAGGGAGGAGGUUUGUGGACGCGGAGCCUGCGCCCCUGUGCCUCCCCAACGCCUCUUUUCACUUUGUCUCUUCGCACUGCAGCGUCUUCUGGUUUGGGGGAGGGCAGCUGAGAAGCAGGUUGGCUACAGGAAGUGGAGGGCCUGCAUCAGCCUAGGGGAACUGGCGGGUGGUAUGGAAAGGGAGUUGCCAAGGUUGGCUGCCAUCACCUCCCCUGAGGCGGGCUCCUGGGGCCCCGUUUGUUUACCUGCGCUGUCCCCCGGGUAGCCCCUAGUCACCCUGGCUCCUGGCAACCCCCACGCUGCCGAGCAGGGCCGAGCUCCUCUUUCUCUCAUCCUCCCGUACUAGGUGAGUGCUGUUGGGCUAGAGACUGGCGUGCGGCCCGAAAAGUGGACCUCUCCGUGUGUUUUCACCCCUCUGACUCCUAGGCCCAAAGUGGGAAGAACUGUGCCCCUGGUUUCCCUGGGACAUGGGAGCUAUUUAUGGAAUGGGGCUUGGGGGACGAGGACCUGUCUCCACAGGCACUCUACGUCGAGCAGUGUGCUGGGCUUGUUUUUCAGGGGUUAUCAUUAAAUCUAAUUAGCAGCUAGAUGCAUUUUGUGACACUCAGUUUUAUACGUGUUGCAGGGACCAAUUGAAAGACAGGAAAAUGAGGUCCCUGAUCCUAUUAAUCUUUAUUCUCUUACCCCCAUUGGUAUCUUCAUCGCACCUUGGAUUCUAGCCCCGUCUCCUGUGCCCAUACCACCUGUUUCCAGGUCUACAGGGGCUGAUGGCUGUCUUCUCCUGGGCACCUCGUGGGAGAGGGGGAGCUGGGGAGGGCGGCCUCCUCGCCCUGCAGUGGCAUUCUCUCCCGCUCUUCGCAGUUUUGCCUGCUGGGGGCACUGCUGGCCCCCAUCCGAGUGCUCCUGGCCUUCGUAGUCCUCUUUCUCCUCUGGCCCUUUGCCUGGCUUCAAGUAGCUGGUCUGACUGAGGAGCAGCUUCAGGAGCCAGUUUCAGGAUGGAGGAAGACUGUGUGCCACAAUGGGGUGCUCGGCCUCAGCCGCCUGCUCUUUUUCCUGCUGGGCUUCCUUCGGAUUCGAGUUCGAGGCCAGCGAGCCUCCUGCCUUCAAGCGCCUGUUCUUGUUGCCGCUCCCCACUCUACUUUCUUUGACCCCAUUGUUCUGCUGCCCUGUGACCUACCCAAGGUUGUGUCCCGAGCUGAGAACCUUUCGGUGCCUGUCAUCGGAGCCCUUCUUCGCUUCAACCAAGCCAUCCUUGUAUCCCGGCAUGACCCAGCUUCUCGGCGCAGAGUGGUGGAGGAGGUCCGAAGGCGGGCUACCUCAGGAGGUACUAUUCUUUCCUGAGGGCACCUGUUCCAACAAGAAGGCCUUGCUUAAAUUCAAACCAGGAGCCUUCAUCGCAGGGGUGCCUGUGCAGCCUGUCCUCAUCCGCUACCCCAACAAUCUGGACACCACCAGCUGGGCGUGGAGGGGCCCUGGAGUACUCAAAGUUCUCUGGCUCACAGCCUCUCAGCCCUGCAGCAUCGUGGACGUGGAGUUUCUCCCCGUGUACCACCCCAGCCCAGAGGAGAGCAGGGACCCCACCCUCUAUGCCCACAACGUCCAGAGAGUUAUGGCACAGGCCCUGGGCAUCCCAGCCACCGAAUGUGAGUUUGUAGGCAGCUUGCCUGUGAUUGUGGUGGGCCGACUGAAGGUGGCGCUGGAGCCACAGCUCUGGGAACUGGGGAAGGUUCUCCGCAAGGCUGGGCUGUCCCCUGGCUGUGUGGACACUGGAGCAGAGCCAGGCCGGAGUCGAAUGAUCAGCCAGGAAGAGUUUGCCAGGCAGCUACAGCUUUCCGAUCCCCACACGGUGGCUGGUGCCUUUAGCUACUUCCAGCAGGAUGCCAGAGGUUUAGUGGACUUCCGAGAUGUGGCCCUUGCGUUGGCAGCUCUGGAUGGGGGCAGGAGCCUGGAGGAAUUGAUGUGCCUGGCCUUCGAGCUCUUUGCCGAGGAGCAGUCAGAGGAGCCCAGCCACCUGCUGUACAAAGAUGGCUUCAGCGCCAUCCUGCACCUGCUGCUGGGGUCACCACGCCCUGCUGCCGCAACUUUGCAUGCUGAGCUGUGCCAGGCGGGAGCCUGCCAAGGCCUCUCCCUCUGGCAGUUCCAGGACUUCUCCCUCCGUGACCCACUCCACGGGAAGCUCUUCAGCACCUACCUGCGUCCCUCCCAGAUACCGAACGCUUCGUCCCCAGGCAGCCCCAGUGCUCUGGCCAACGGGGCUGUGCCUGUACCCAAGCAGAAGGGGGACUGAGCACCUCGGCCACCCCGCUUGCAUCCAGCCUGCAGACUCAGGGCAGCACCGGGGGCACGUCCCGGGCCUCAAGCCCAUCUCUGCUCCUGCUUGACUA